AUGGCGUCGACUUGCACAGAAAGGUCUCCAGAGCGCCGGACCAUGCGGAGGUCGCGAUUUGGCUGCCGGAAUUGCAAGCUCCGAAAGCUCAAGUGCGAUGAAGGGAAACCACAGUGCAAGAGAUGUCGUUCAUUUGGGAUCUUAUGCAAUUUCCAGCCGAAUGUUCCUGAUCUGCAGCCCGUCGCCGAUGACUCAGUCCGGUCAUACCCAUCGCGAUGCCGAUGGACCCAGGUCGGUCGAGAAAGAACAGAACUUCCACCUCCACCUCCUCUCACCGGUGCGGUGUGGACAUGUGACGCAUCAACAUUCUAUCAGUUGAGCGCAAAGUGUCAAGACUUCAUCACCCGGUACCUAGGCCGAAGUCUCAUUACCCCCGACGACCCCAAUAUGAUCCAAGUCAACCGCAAGCUCUUGACACUGGCCUUCUCGCACCCUUUCUUGAUGCACGCCUCACUAGCAGUGGCGCUUGCGUAUGACCGCCAUCUGAACAGCCGGUCAUCGUCACGGCCAGGCUGUCGUCGCACCCGAGAAGAGUGCUACCACUGCUACCAAAGCACAGUUCUCUUUAACAGACGGUUAAGGGAGCCGAUCGAGACGAAAGACAAGGAUCCAAUCUGGGCCACGGCCGCAGCUCUAGCCGUCUUGACCUUUGCGAACCCAGAUUCCGACACACCGGAAGAAUCGUGGCCUCUCAAGCCCUCGGACCCCUCCUCCUCCUCCUUCUCAGCGGAACGGGAUCGGGAUCGCGAUCUGGAAUGGUUACGCAUGAGCGAGGGUAAAAUGUCCCUAUGGCGCGUCGCCGACCCGCUCCGACCGGACAGUCUUUUCCGCGUGCUAGCGCCGACCUUUGCUCGAAUGCACUCGCCGCUGCCGGAGCAAGGCAUCGACGGCAUCCCAACGGGCUUGGCCAUCGCCUGCCGUCUGGACCACUCCUCUACGGCAGAAGACAAUCCGUAUUUCCACGCUGCCCAUGCCGUCUCCCAGAUCCUGCAUCUGCCGGACAGCCAGGUCACCACGGGUCACAGCGAACUCUUCACGCGCACCAUCCGCGGGCCUUUCAGAUCCUUGCUGCUGGACAAAGACCCCGUCGCUCUGUUGUUGCUGUACCUGUGGUAUCGCAAAGCUGGUCGCGCUAUCUGGUGGAUCGCAGCGAGGGCCAGAGUCGAGUGUCCCGCCAUCUGCUCCUUCCUGCGGCUAUACCAUCGAGGGUGUCACGCUGUACAUGCUUUCCUCCCAGGAGUUCGUCUCGCUGAUGGCCAUUAG